AGGAAAAAUGUCAGACAUCGAAGAAGUGGAGGAGUACGAGGAGCAGGAGGAGGCUCAUGAGGAGGAAGGAGGAGGAGAAGAAGAGACCACUCAGGAACAUGAUGGUGAAGAAGAGACAGAAGAUGGAGGAGAAGCUAAACCCAAAUUCCCAAAACCGUUUAUGUUGCCGAACCUGGUGCCGCCAAAGAUUCCAGAUGGAGAACGAGUUGAUUUUGAUGACAUCCAUCGCAAGCGUAUGGAGAAGGACCUGAAUGAGCUCCAGACGCUGAUUGAAGCUCACUUUGAAAGCCGUAAGAAGGAGGAGGAGGAAUUCAUCAGUCUUAAAGAUAGGAUUGAGACACGGCGCUCGGAGCGAGCAGAGCAGCACAGGAUCCGCAGCGAGCGCGAGAGGGAACGACAGAAGCGCCUGGAGGAAGAAAGAGCUCGCAAGGAGGAAGAGGAAGCCAAAAAGAGAGCGGAUGAUGAUGCCAAGAAGAAGAAGACGCUCACCAGUCUGUACUUCGGUGGUUACAUGCAGAAGUUAGAUAGAAAAAGUGGAAAGAAACAGACUGAGAGAGAGAAGAAGAAGAAGAUUCUUAGUGAUCGGCACAAACCGUUGGACAUUGACACUGCCAGCGAAUCUGCUCUCAGGGAGAAAGCAAAGGAACUGUGGAGCUGGAUGUGUCAACUAGAAGCAGAGAAGUUCGAGUUACAGUACCAGUUUACCCAUCAGAAAUAUGAGAUCAAUAUCCUGAGGAACAGAGUCAGUGAUCACCAGAAAAUGACAAAGAGAACCAAGAGAGGCUUCAGGAAGUGAAUGCUGUGCUGAAAGACAGACUCGACUCCUCACAACCCCACAGAGAUCAUGAAGAGAUUGUCCUGGAGAGCUGUGUAUAGUAGAUUCUGAUUCUUUUAGUUAGUCCUCACUGAAUAAACACUGUACGAAACAAAAAGAAUAAAAAAA